AUGGCAUCACACAGCAAGCUCAGCCGCGCGGAUAGCGCUACUGAAGGCAAUAUUAAUUUGAGUUCCUGCAGCUCAUCUGACACCUCCGUCGAGCCAUUUCCUGUAUUUGACCCAUCGGUGGGGACCUACAACGAGUUUGAGCCUCAAGUCUUCUCCUCGGUAACGAUAUCCAAGUCACCCAAAGCUUGAUCUUGAACUUCGACUGACUGACACCUUCCAGCGCCAAGGUUUGAACGUGAACGAACACACAGCUGUCUUCGAGCGGGAGCCGGAAAUUUACGAAUCCCAAGUCGUGGCAUUGCACGAACCAGCAGCACCCAGACAACAGCCCCAACUUGAUCAGCCUGUUGACUUCAACAACAACCACUAUACUGGCACCCACGGAGGCACUGGCUUCGUUCCCACCGUCAUCCAGACCCCUCUCGCGAAUGCCACCCCUCCUAUGAACUUCGAGAGAACCACUGGUCGUCCCCUUGGUGAUCCUGUAGUCUUCCAAAAUUACUACUACACUGGCCCUCACCGAGGCACCGACUUCCGUCCAAGGGUCACAUUUACUCCUUUUGCAGAUGCCCCUCCUCCCGUGAACACAUACAGAAUAUUUGGUCCCGCACUUGGCCAGCCUGUAGGCUUCGGCAACAACCACUAUACUGGCCCCAACCGAGGUACCGGCUUCCGUCCCAACGUUACUUUUACGCCCUUUGCAGAUGCCCGUCCUCCUGUUCACACUUUCAGAACCUUUGGACGACCGGUUUCGGAGGCAGCAAAUUCACCAAGUCGACUCAAUCCUGCGACCCCGGCGUUUGUUCCGCGGGCCUCGCAAAACCCUGGUGCUCAUUUCAACCACCCUCGGCCAGUGAACAACAUCUCGCUUAGCAACAUGACUCCUAACAGCGCCCCUGCUCCCAACUCUUCUCAUGCCAGUCAUGUUCACUAUCCCAACCAGAACUUUGACCAAUGUGGUCACCCAUACACACAAUAUGGUCUUGUUGCUAACCCAAAUCGCAACCUUGCUCAUCAUGCUGGCCCUGCUCCAAAUUAUGGUCCUGUUGCUAUCCCAAAUCGUAACCUUGCUCAUCAUGCUGGUCCAUCUUCAGGUUAUCCCUUUGGCAUGAAUCCAAAUGAUAACUUCAACCGUAACGUCGAUCACCUUGCUGGUCCAUCUUCAAGUUAUCCACCUGAAGUCAAUCCAACCGAUAACUUCAACUAUAACGUUAGUCAGUUCGCUGGUCCAUCUUCAAAUCAUUACCCUGGCGUCAACCCAAACGAAAACUUCAUCCAUAACGUCGAUAACUUUGGUGGUCCAUCCUCGGGUUAUAUCCAUGUUGCCAAUUCAAAUCACAACUCUGGUCGGCUUGUUGGCCCAUCUUCAAGCCAUGGCCCUGUUGCCAACCUACACCAAAACUUGAACCAUAACGUCGGCUAUUUCGGUAACACGGCUUCAAACCCUGGCCCUCUCCUCAACCCCAACCAUAACUUCGACCAUCCAGCUAACACGGCUUCGAGUUCUGCUCCUCCUCCAACCAAUUUGAACUCUAGCCACGGUCCUCUUGUCCGUCUGGCUAUGCUUCCCAACCCUUUCAACAUGCUUGCUUCAUCAUCUCGCUCAUCCGGAAAUGAUGAAUUCUAUUUCAAAGACAUGGUUCCGACUGCUCCUCGAGCUAUGAGAUUGAAGCGAUGUGACAACUGCCAGCACAUGCACCGUGAGAUGGAUCGCUGCCAUGGUAAACCACACCGGCUUGAAAACCACAGCAUGAGUCUCGUUCCUUCUGGCCAUCCCCAGGUUAGGAGUUAUUUCACUCGAAAGGAUAAGAAGCUCAAGGACAUUGUCAUCACUCAUGAUGGUAUCUAUUACAAUGCCAUUCGCAUCGAAGAAAUACACCUCCCCAAUGGCAAGGUUGAUAGAAAGGAGUUCAACGAAUUUGAUCCAGAGAAUGGCUAUGACUUCUUGGAAGCCCUUGCAAAGAUGACCGAGAGUGAACGGGCUCAGUUCUUUCAAGACAAAUAUGCUGAGAUCGUCAUUGGUGGACCUUACCUCAAUGCAAUGGAGGACGAUACGGAAGGAAUUGCUGAUUACUUCAAAGAGAAUGAAAAGAUGGACACCCCGGCUGCUGCUAAAUUCUUUGCGAGCCUAGCUGCCGACCCCACCGGUAAUGCUAAGGGAAAAGGAAAGGAGGUUACACCUGUCACUGUUGAUUUUAUACCCCUUUCGGUCUUGGACAAUGUUGAAAAGUUGGGUCUGGACUUCAAACAAAAUGUCCGCAACCUGUUCGUCCGCAUCAUCUUUCCACCUCGAGAGAACCAGAUGUUCCGCCCAUUCUCACAUCCUUUCAUCGACCACCCCGCACUGGCUGAGGCACAUAUUUUCCGUGAUGACCGUGGUGCUCUUGAUACUGGCAGCACUCCCAUCUUUUGGCACUUGACACAACUAGUCUGGGCCCUCAACGAUUUUACCAGCAUCGGUAAUCUCAACAUCACCUUGGAAACACCUGCCAGCGGCAACAAACCCAUCACGCUCGAUGAAUUGGAUCAUGUCCUUCCGUUUUACGACUUGGAGAGCUUCAGCAGAUGGCAAGUCUGGUACACUCAUAAUUGGAUGACCCAUCCAGAGAGGGUAUCGGCUUGGCCAAUGGAGCAACUGGCCAGCGAAUGGCUGAAGAUUUGUCUUCAGCGAGAUAUGUGGCAUUAUAAGGAGAAUGCCACAUACAUUCGUCGGAGCCAGUUUGCUCCCCCUGUUGUUGCUCGGGCUCCUGCACAAGGAGCUCCUUUCUCGAGCGGUAGUGCUCCACGCCGGGGCGCUGCAGGAGGUGGUGAGGGUCCUGCGGGACGUGAUGUUCUUCCUCCUUGCCGAGGAGGACAUCACCCUCGCGGUCCUCCCGCCCAAUGUGGAGGCCUCGGUCGCCGUGGGGGCUCCGCUCGUGGAGGUCCUCGUCGUGGUGGUAGCGGAGGGGGAAGACGUCGGUAA